AAUUAGGAAAUUGAACGGUUCUCUGAGAGGAAUGAUUUGAGAGCAAGAAGAUGAUUUGGAUUUAUUGGUGAAAAUAACUUUUUCGUGGCUAAACAGCAAAGGGGAACCAUACAUGAAACAAAGAGGACUGGUCCAACCAAACCACAGAACCCUGAGGUAUUCCAAAACCGACUCUGGUGGAAACUGGAAUCUGUCAGCUCCUGCUCACCACGCUCACAGGUUCCUCCGGAUCCGAACCCGCCGCUCUCAGCUCCUUGUUCAUGGCCAGAACAUCCGUAAGAUCCACAGUGUUGGAGCGUUUCAGGAAAGAUUGGUACGUCUCCAGGAAGAGCUCAGAGUUCUCCAGGCGAGGGGCGCCGGGGGGCGGCAGGUGAAGUUUGUCCAGCAGAAGGUGUUUCCACGCCAUCAGGACGUCGCUCAGACCCACCUUGAACUCUCCCUGAUGCUGUCGAUGGGAGGAGAAGAGAAGAUCUCUGACCUGAAGCCACCUUUGCCGGAUACCAACAUGCAGGAGGACCUGACCCGCAGUCCCAGCUACACAGUGACGUGUGAGGACUACGUCCACGUGGUUGAGUUCAGCCCUUUCAGCUCGGGUUCUCCUGCCUCUCUGCUGGCCUUCAGUGGAAACCUGUAUGUGGUGGUGGGCACCUGCCUCUUCCAAGAGGAGGACGUAGAGGUGGAUGGGGUCCAGUUCAAUGCUCUCCGAGUUUUUCAUCAUGACAUUCAGGUUGAGGCUCUGGCUUGGAGUCCCGAGUCGCGGUUGGACAGGAUACCCACCAUCAGGUUCUGCACGGCGGCGGCUGACAGAAAACUACGCCUGCUGACUUCUGAUCUGAAGGAUCAGAAUGAAUUCAAGGUGAUGGAGGGCCACAGCAGCUACAUUAACCAUUUGGUGUUCGAGCCCACCGAGGGGAAGCGGAUCGCUUCCGUCAGCGAUGACCACACUUGCAGGCUGUGGGACCUGGAUGGGAAUGAAACGGCCGUCCUGAGGCUUCACUCUCCAGGUAUGAGCGUCUGCUGGCACCCACAGGAAGCAUUCAAGUUAAUGGUGGCAGAGAAGAAGGGGACAAUUCGCUUUUACGACCUGGUUACCCAGCAGGCCAUUCUGUCUCUGGACUCCGGGCACAGCGGGCCGCUCAUGUCUGCCGACUGGUGCCUCACAAACACCAUCAAAGUCGGCGCCGUGGUGGGCAACGAUUGGCUAAUCUGGGACAUCACGCGCUCCAGUUACCCUCAGGAGAAAAGGCCGGCUCAUAAAGACAAAGCACGACUUUUCAGGUGGUCCUUUGUCAAUGAAAACCUGUUCGCCACCACAGGAUGUCCUGGAAAAAUCAGCAGUCAGGUUUUCAUCCAUCAUCUUGGUCACCCACAGCCCGUUAUGAUCGGAUCGUCUCCAGUCGGAUCGGGCCUCAGUUGGCACCGGAUGUUGCCGCUCUGUGUGGUUGGCGGCGACAGGAAGCUCUGCUUUUGGAUGACUGAAAUGUAGCAACUCUUUGAAUGGAUUUUUUGUUGUUGUACGUUCAAUAAAAUAUAUCUUCACAAUUA